GACCACGCCCCUUUGCCUCCCGUCUCCAUGGAAACACUAACAAACAUGGAGGAUUAACUUCUGCUGUGAGGAUAAAGGUACAUGUGAGAAGAUGUCUGGCCAAGAGAAGGAAAGCUUAGCCACGCCAGCAGGUGAAAUGGACGUGGAAGACAGUGAAAGUCUAUUUGAUGUGACGUCAGACAGGUGUGGACAGCUGGGUGUCCACCUCAGCACUGAUGAUGAGGACAAUGAGGAGGAUGGUCCAGGCCAGGAGAUGUUUAACGAUGAAGAGCCAGCCCUUCCUCCUGAUUUGAAGUGGUUAGAAGAGUUGUACGAAGAGGACGAUGGGGAGGUUGACGGUGAUGGUGACCUUGCGGUUGCGGCCGUCAGUGGUAAGAAGAGGAGUUGUGACGAGACUGCACGGAUGUUCAAGCUGAGACGAAACCUGGACCAGCUGGACUGCAUUCACCGACAGAAGGAGCACGACGUGCUGAAAGCCAGUGAGGAGCUUAAACUCUGUCAACAGAACAUAGAAAGUUUAAUGGAACAGAGAUAUAACUUGGAGAAAGAAAUAGAGCGACAGAAAGCAGCAGACAACAGCGUGGCGGUGUUUCGUUUGCGAGGCCAGCAUAAGCAUCUGUGUCAAAAGCUGCAGAGCGAGGAGGAGCUGGAGGGCCACGUCAACACUGAGCUGAAGCAACAAGAGCUGGAGCUGACUGAGGUGGAGGUGGAGCUUGGCAGGUUCUCCUCGCUCCGGCAUGAGGUGAAGGAGGAGGAGCGGGUCUUCCGGGUGCGUAAGAACCAGAAGGCAGCCACAAGGUUACAGCAGGAGAGGAAAGCCAGCCAGAACCUGCAGAUCAAGAUGCAGCAUCUCAGGGAUAAACAGGCAGCCAUGCUGAAGAAAGAAGAGAAGGCCAAAUGUCAGAAGAAAAUUGCAGAGGGCCAGGCAAACCGCAAGAUCGCUACCAAGUACUUGAAAGAGACCAUUAAAAGGGUGCAUCAGCAAGAGGCUGAGAAGGAGCAGCAGAACAAGGAGUUACUGGAGAAGAGGAUCCAGGCUGUCAAGUCACUGAAAUCUAACAUAGCAGCCACCCAAGAGGGCUUACGGGUCCAUCAGGGCAGAACCAAAGCAAACGCCCAGAAGAAAGAGCAGCAACAGAGACAACUGAGAGAAUCCCUGCAGGCCCAAGGAAUCAACAGUUUCAAGCAUAUGUACCAACAGAAACAACUAGAGGAGAUAAAACGACAACAAGAGGAUUACGAAGAGAGGCAGAAGUCAAAGAGAGUGGAGAUUGUGGCAAAAAUUCUUCAGGAGGAACAGCUGGUAAAGAGCAGAAAGAGGCACCAGGCGCUGCAGCCUAAACCCUCAACCACCGACAAGUUUUCAUCUCUGGGGAGGGCAAGAGAGAAGCUCCUGUACUCCCUGGAUCCCAGCCCCCCAUCAGCCACCGAGGAGAGAGCCACAGUCCAGUUAAGACAGUUCAGUGACACCAGCAGCUCAUCGUCAGCCUCCUCUGAUGUUGAGGACCUGGAGGAAACCAUGCACAAUAAAGUGGACCACCAGAGUUUCACUGACAGCCUGGCUGAGCCUGAGUUCUCUGGGCUGUGGGACCAGAACUACAAGAAGCUCCGGAAUGAGAAAACAACAUCUGUGCAGACAGAAGUAAAGCAGGAAGAAUCGGUGAUGACCAGUGGGAAGCUCAACAUUCCUCCUAAAAAGGUUCAUGGAAAAGAGUUGAAAGGGCCUCCAUUCAUCAGUAAACCAGAGGUCAUCCUCUUCAAGGACUUUGAAGUUGGGAAAAUGUAUAAGAAGAAAAUCGUCCUGACUAACAUCAGCUACAUCAUCAACCACUGCAGGCUCCUUGGGGUCUCCGCCCAUCUGAAGGAUUUUAUCUCCAUCAACUUUGAGCCUCCCGGUUCUUUAUCUCCUGGGAUGUCCUGUGACAUGCAGGCUGUUUUUCAGCCUAUGAUCAACGAGGACCUGGAAGGAGAGGUCCAGUUCGCAUCAGCAGCGGGUCCCUUCUCUGUGCCCGUCAGAUGCACCAUAAAGAAAUGUGAUCUGGAGGUUGACAGCCAGUUCAUUGACUUCGGUUCGCACGUGGUGGGCCAAACUAUUUCAUGGACCAUCACCUUGACCAAUAAGGGUGCACUUGCCACCCUCUUCAGCCUGGACACCUCUACAUGUCUCAGUCCAGAAACUAGCCAUGACCAGAUGGCAUCGCAAGUCUCUGCCAACACCUGCCAGGAGGAGACGAGCGGACAAAACACAACAUGUGACGAGCAAAGCAGCUCCGUAUCCAUGGGCACCGGAGAGCUCCAACCAAAGCAAGAGAGUCAGGAGCUCUCUGAGACGUUGCAGCAAGAGCAUCCAGAAUCAGAGGCUUCAGCUACAGGUCCAGAAGCUGUCCCUGAGACUUGUGUGUCCACCGAUGUGGAAGCCCAGAUGGACCUGAGCCAAUCAGACUCUGGAGACAUAAGCCUAGGAAAUGUCAGAGACGGGGAGAUUGGACCUUUUGAAAGCAUCAAACUGGAGGUUGUAUUCACUCCAACCAUUCCAGGAGAGGCCAAACUGGACUUCCACAUCAAAUUCUCCGACUUAACCAGCAAACCAAUACCUGUCCAGGUGAGGGGUGUAGCAGUCAGCGUCCCUGUGUGGGUGGUUCAGCCCAGCAUUGACCUGAAGAUCUGCAUGUUUGACCGCCUCUAUCAAGACAGCAUCAUGGUCCAAAACAGAGCCAGCUCAUCCUUUAAGCUGUCCUUUGAGGUUUGCCCGGAAAUGAGGAAACACAUGGAGGUCCUUCCAAAGACCGGCUUCAUCCAGGCUCAAUCAAGCUUUCAUGCCCAACUCAAGUUCCUGCCGAGACCCUCUUUAUCCAAAGAUGCCAAGCAGCUUUUUGACAGAGAUACGGGAGUCCUGGAGGUCCCGAUGACAGUGCAAGUAGCCGGCCAGGUGAAGCCGGUCCAUUUCACAGUCCAAGCAGUAGUGACCUCCUCAGACCUGCAGUUUGACCGCACUGAGGUGGACUUCGGCUUCUGUUCCAUCUACCAGUCGGUCAAGAGCAGCGUCCGCCUCACCAACCUGUCCCUGCUGCCUCAGGACUUUGGCUUCCUGGCUGUUCCAGAGUUUAUUGAGGUCCAGCCUAAUGACGGCUUUGGCACUCUGCUCCCACAAGAGACGCUGGAGAUCGAUCUGAUUUUCAGUGCCAACAAGGCCAAAGAGUACAAUUUCCAGCUCAGCUGCAAAUCAGGAAUUAACAGAGAUUUCCUUCUGUCUUGCCGAGCAGUAGGUGUCCGCCCUCCGUUGCAACUCUCCCAUUCUCAGGUCCAGUUUGGGGCCACGGCAGUAGGUGACCACUCCACUGCCAUACUUUACCUGAUCAACCAUGAAACCAACCACAACCAGUCCAAACCACCAGUCCCUCCAGUGGCUCCUGUAGCCCCCAGGCUGUUCUCCUUCACCCUACCCGAGGAUUCAGACGUCAGCAUCACUCCCUCCGCGGGCCGCCUGCUGCCCGGAGAGAGAUGUUUGGUCCAAGUGACGUUCGGACCCAGACUGUUGGACCAGGACAUCAAAGAUGAGGCGCUGCGUCUCCUCCACCGAGCCAAGUUGCUCCAUGAGAUGGAGUUGGAGAAGAAGAGACACGCUGAACAGGAGAAGGAGGUCCCGGGGGAAACCAGUAAAGGGAGGAAGGUACCUGUGAUUCCAAAGACUAGGAAGACGUCAGACGAGCCAAAGACUAGGAAGACGUCAGACGAGCCAAAGACUAGGAAGACGUCAGACGAGCCAAAGACUAGGAAGACGUCAGACGAGCCAAAGACUAGGAAGACGUCAGACGAGCCAAAGUCUUGGAAGACGUCAGACGAUCCAAAGACGGACCAACUAACUGAACCACCAAAUCCUUCUGACAUACAGCCAGGGUCAGAGCAGUACGAGGAGGCCUGGGCGUCUCUGCUGUACUCCUUCACCCAGCGCUAUAGUGAGUUCACCGUUCCAUGCUUUGUGUCGGACGGAGACCCUCCAGAGGAAGACCGACAGGCCCAGCCGGCAUGGAGUCCCUUCAAUACUCUUCACCUGAAGCUGCAGUGUCCUGCUGUACAGCCCCCUCUAGUGGUCACAUCCAACAAUGGACACAGUAUCAUAGACUUCCAUCAGGUGGCAGUGGGAGAAAAAGUGAUCAAGAGGUUUACAGUUCAGAACAUUUCAAAGGAAUCGUUGGAUCUGAGGUCAUCAGUGCUGGAUGUACGUGGUCCUUUUUCCCUUCUGAAUGCUCUCAGAUGCAUAAGACCCGGAGAGAAACACACUCUGGUUCUGGCCUUCAGUCCGUCUCUGGAGAAAAGGUACCGUGAGACUCUGGAGGUGCGUAGCCAGAAGAUGAGCCUGGAGAUGAGUCUGUGUGGGGAGGGUGUGGUCCCCACUGUCACCUCCUCCCACCCUGGAGGUCUCCUUGACCUCGGCUAUGUGUUGGAGAAGGAGAGCACCUCGCAGGUCCUAAAGCUGCAGAACAGCUCAGCGGUGGCAGUGGGUUUCAGGGUGCUGCUGGCCAGCCUCUGUCCCUCCAGGCCUCAGGGUGGAGCUGACCGGGUGGCCUUCCUGCUGGGCAGCUACACGGACUCUCAGGUCCAGUCUACUGUGGGAACCCAGAACUACAGUGGGAUGAGUGUGUUCAGUGCGGUGCCAGCAGAGGGCAGCAUUGCUCCAGGACAGAGACAGGACAUCACUGUCACCUUUCAGCCUGACCACCCGUCUGUCAACUAUUCUGACAGACUAACUGUAGAGCUCAUGAAUAAGAGUAAAGUGUGUGUGGUGGAUCUGAGGGGUGCAGCUUCUUCACACAACAUGUAUCUGUUAGGAGGAGACCCGCUGAUGGUGCCCAUUGAAUCCCUCGUCCCUUCACUGAUACCCAGCCAACCUCAGCUCACAGAGUCGGAGGUGAUGGAAAAGAGCACCAUCCCUGUGCUGGUGACCCUGCGGGCACACUACAGCGCAGGAGGAAUCACACCUGCCGUGAGGGAGCUGCAGGUGGGCUGCAUCCGCUCCACACAGGCCAGUAAGAAGAGUGGUGAGUUCCACUGGAAUGACGUAGCAUCUCUGCAGCAGCUCGGCUUCCGUGUGGAGCCCAGCGGAGGCACCGUGGAGACAGGCCACAAACGCACCACCACUGUCACAUGGACUCCCUACAGUGGAUACAAGCCCUAUGAGGUGGUGCAGACAUGUGUGCCUCUUACCUUGAAGGGAGAUGAGAGGAAUGUUUACAGAGUCACCCUGAUGGCUUUGGUCUCCACCACUGCUGACUGACCUCUACAGUACCUGGACGCCGGCCAGUGUGAAAUCUGCACACAUACACUGACACAAUACGCACAGACACAAAGACAUGUGAUGUGCUGUACAUUUAUGUGGCCAACAUUAACAAAUUAAUUAUUUAUUACUUAAAUCUUAUUAUUAAAGGUGGAAUUAAUUAAGUCUUGUUCAUGAAUCGGAUUUGAACCAUUUCAUUCUACAGUGGCUGACUGAGCCCUACCAGUUAUGGUAUGGUAUGUUAUAAAGCCCAUUUAUUGAAUCACCUGACUGUAGGACCUGAUUCCACCACCAGGGGGUGUAUCUGUGAUGCCGACUAAGCAGCUGUGUUAUAUCAUGGUUCAGGGUGUGUCAGCUGAUGUAAGCCAGCAGAUGUAUACAGUAUAUACUGUAGCACUGCUGGUACUGUACCCAUGAAGUGAAAGGAGGCAGAGUUCACACUAAGGCCACACAUAGUGCAGUCUGGGAAAUAUGACACACAAUAGGCAGAGAUAGAGAUCAAUGAUGGAAAACAGGAGUUUGGUAUGAGAUGAUAGCCUACUGAUCAGGCAUAGACUGACGUAUUGGUCUAGUAUAUCGGUAUUGAUAGCAGUAGUUGGAGCUGUAAUUACUGUAACAGUAAUAGUGGUUGUAUCAAUAAUAGCGGUAUUAAUCUUAGUAGUAGGCUGAUGAUUAUUAUUGGUUUACUAUAAGAUAUAGAUCAGCUAAUGUCAGCUUCAAUCCAAAGAUAUUAGGGCCAGGGUCACCUUUCAAAAAGCCGUAGAUGAUUGGUUUAACUGUGGUACUUUGGAUAUCCAACAAAUACGUUUAGGUACAACAUUGUUACAUUUAACUUGUCAAAUUUCCAGCUCACAUAUCUAUUCAAAGUUGGGCUUAAAUGGACGUCAAAAUCAACAGAAUUAGAUCAAAUAAUGCCUAGCCUAUGUAGCAUGACAAGUAUUGGACAUGUCAUCCCAAAAUGUCUAAACAGGUAGUGAAAGAGCAACAAUGAGGAUGGCCCGCUUGCCCGGGGCAAGUAUAAUUCGACGUCGAGCUGAUAAAUCUAGCAACUCACUUGCCCGAUCAGGCAAGUGGU